AUGGCGGUGGAACGCAACCGGAGCAGGCAGAUGAACGAGCAUCUCCGCGUGCUCACGUCUCUCAUUGCCGGAGGAGCCAUCGUGUUCGUGAAGGAGUUGGAGCAACUCCUGCAAUGCUUGGAGUCCCAAAAGAGACGAAGGCUCUUCGGCGGUGGUGAAGCUCCAAGAUCGGCGAUGGACGCCCCUCCGCUGCCCAACCAGCAGCCAUUCUAUCCACCCCUCCCCUUCCCCGACGCCGACCAAGUCAAGCUCCUCGACAUCGACCCAGGCGGCGGCCUCCGCAAGGAGACGGCGGAGAACAAGUCCUGCCUCGCCGACAUCGAGGUCAGGCUUCUGGGCUGCGACGCCAUAAUCAAGAUCCUCUCUCGUCGCCGGCCAGGGCAGCUCAUCACGACCAUCGCCGCUCUCGAGGACCUACAGUUCGCCAUUCUCCACACCAACAUCAGCACCACCGAGCCAACCGUCUUCUACUCCUUCAACGCCAAGACUGCAAGCGAGACCAGAUGCAUUGCGGAGGACAUCGCAAACUCGGUCCAACAGAUCCUAAGCUUCAUCGACGCCAACACAGUGGAGGAGGUCCGAGCCGGGGCGGCUCCUGAGGUGGUCGCGGCAGCCGAGCAGCGUGCCUCGGACUUGGACGCAGAGGCGACGCGCCUACGUUCCGAGCUCAAGGUGUCCGAGGAGAAAAAUAAGGAGCUUCAGAUGCAUCUGAAGGCGUCGAUGGCCGAGGCUCGUUCGGCAAGGGGGGAGUCGAUCGAGCUGGUCCGUCGGUUGGAGGAGUCGCGUGCUGAAGCACGGGGGGCCGCCGAGGCCCUAACCGUCGAGAUUCGCCAGAGGCCGAAGAAGGACAAGAAAUUAAUCGAGGACUACAAGGCAUCCUCGGGCUUUUAG